GAGUGAAGCAGCAGGUUGUGCAGGUCUGAGAUCAGAGAGUCAACAUGAGACAGAAGACGCUGCUGCUGCUCGGCUUGCUGCUCGGCUCACUGCUCGCUGCUCCGGAGGUGAGCUCAGCAGCAGGCAGCCAUCAGGAACGCUCCGGUUCUGGCUCCAGGCCUGGCUCCAUGUCUGGCUCCGGUUCCAGACCCGCGUCCGGUUCCAUGCCCGGUUCUCCCUUCAACAUCAGCACCAACGACCGCGGCCUGCAGCAGGUUGUCCUCAACGCCACUCGCUCCUUCAACAGCCAAUCAAACGACGCCUUCCUCUUCAGACCCUCCUCCAUCCUCAGAGCUCAGCGGCAGAUCGUGAAGGGGUUCCGGUACAUCGUAGAUUUGGACAUCUCUAGAACUGUUUGCCGUAAACGAGAGAAAGUGUCGAACCUGACGGACUGCGUCUUCCAGCCGGAGGGUCCGCUGCAGCAGACGUUUCGGUGUCACGUGGAGGUUUGGAUCGUUCCCUGGAAACAUCAAACCAACGACCUGGAGUUCCUCUGCAAGUCUGAAACUGUCCUCAAACUCUCCUGAAACUCUUCAUCAUCUUCGUCUUCAUCUCUCCCUCACCGACCCGACUCU